CGGCCGCCGCCGCCUGGCGCCGCCCCUCCCCCGCCCCGGCGCUGCGGGUGCCGCCUGCGGGGCUCGAUGCCAGUCGGCCACGUCCCGGGCAGUUUUUGAGUCCCCCCCCCCCGCCGCCCCGACCCCGGAUCGCGACUGUCUUCCCUUCCCUGCCCCAUCGCUGCUCCAGCCCCAGGAUGCAGAAUGUGAUCAACACGGUGAAGGGAAAGGCUCUGGAAGUGGCCGAGUACCUGACCCCGGUCCUCAAGGAAUCAAAAUUUAAGGAGACAGGUGUACUCACCCCAGAAGAGUUUGUGGCAGCUGGAGAUCACUUAGUCCACCACUGUCCCACAUGGCAAUGGGCUACAGGGGAAGAAUUGAAAGUGAAGGCAUAUCUACCAACAGGGAAACAAUUUUUGGUAACCAAAAAUGUUCCAUGCUACAAACGAUGUAAACAGAUGGAAUAUUCAGAUGAAUUGGAAGCUAUCAUUGAAGAAGAUGAUGGUGAUGGGGGAUGGGUAGAUACGUACCACAACACAGGCAUUACAGGAAUUACUGAAACAGUUAAGGAGAUUACACUGGAAAGCAAGGACAGUAUAAAACUCCAAGAUUGCUCAGCACUGUGUGAUGAGGAAGAAGAGGAAGAUGAAGGGGAAGCUGCAGACAUGGAAGAAUAUGAAGAGAGUGGAUUGUUGGAAACAGAUGAGGCUACCCUAGACACGAGAAAAAUAGUGGAAGCUUGUAAAACUAAAGCUGAUGCUGGAGGUGAAGAUGCUAUUUUGCAAACAAGAACUUAUGAUCUGUACAUCACUUAUGACAAAUAUUACCAGACACCACGGCUAUGGUUGUUUGGCUAUGAUGAGCAACGGCAGCCUUUAACAGUUGAGCACAUGUAUGAAGACAUCAGUCAAGAUCAUGUGAAGAAAACAGUGACCAUUGAAAACCAUCCUCAUCUCCCACCACCUCCUAUGUGUUCAGUUCACCCAUGCAGGCAUGCUGAAGUGAUGAAGAAAAUUAUUGAGACAGUUGCAGAAGGUGGGGGAGAGCUUGGCGUUCAUAUGUAUCUUCUAAUUUUUUUGAAAUUUGUACAAGCUGUCAUUCCAACAAUAGAAUAUGACUACACAAGACACUUUACAAUGUAGUGAAGAGGAGAGUGUAUCCUAAUUACUGCUUCUGAUUUUUAAAGAAUUAAUACAUAGAUGUGACCAUUGACCAUAUUUACCAAUAAGUAUAAUUUCUCUAAUAAAGGGACUUAUAUGUUUAUGCAUUAAAUAAAAACUGUUCCACUACCAGCCUUAUUUGUUUAAUAAAAAUGAGUGUGAAGAAA